GGUGCUCUCUGUUGCCCGACUUGCCUCUGAUUUCGCCAUUGAAGAAACCAUGGGAAGACUUGCAGCAUCGUGUGACUACGAAAGUCUCCGAAAUGCCCGAAUCUCAGAGAACCAGGCACGAUUGGCGUCUUUAGGACUAGAAAAAACAGUCUCUGAACUUCGAACCAUCGCUACCCCUCCAAAAUCUGAGAAGACUCCCGUUAGAAAAUACUGUAAGAAAGUCUUCAUAUGCACGUCUCUACGGCGUUCUGAUCGAUUGAAGGGAAACUCUGGAGACCUAUUAUCUAAAUCCCAUUGUUUGCGAUAUUCUGAAAGACUAAGAGCAAAAUCUGGAAAUUCUGUACUAUCUCGUAAGGUAUUUUGUACUUCAAAGUUGAAUCGAAGGAUUCUUAAUUAUGGAGAAGAAGAAGAUGAAGCAAAGAGACCAGCAAAUGCGCCUCUGCUAAAUGUGGACACUACAAAGCUGCGACCCUCUCCAGAUGUUCUAUCUCGGCGUUGCCACAGCAAGGACAGGGGCAGUGUCUAUGACCCCAUCUUUGGGAUUUGCUGCCAUUUCUGCAGACAGAAGAAACUAUGUGGAGAAGAAGACUGCAAGCGUUGUGGAGAUCUUGAUAUGGAUGAGCCAUGCUUAGGGAAAACUGAUUGCUCUGUGUGCCAUUCUAGUAAUGGAGUUCUUUGUAGAGGCUGUCUCAAGGUUAGGUAUGGUGAAGAAAUGGAGGAGGUAAGAGAGAACAAGGAGUGGAUGUGCCCACAUUGCAUAGAGGAGAAAGGCAUAAACCCAUAUUGGAUAUGUAAUAGUUCAUUCUGUAUGAAGAAGAGAAAGAUGGUUCCCACUGGUAUAGCCAUUUUCAGAGCUCGGGAGGCAGGAUACAAAUCAGUAGCACAUUUACUCAUGGACAAGCUUCAAAAUUCAGCCAAGCGCACAAAACGAUGAUGAAUUCGGAUCUAAUGACUUCCUCUUUGUGAGAUUACAAGUGAUUUAGAAAACAAUGUACCAGGAAGGGGAUUGCUUAACUUCACCUGAUGCAUAACUGAUUAAUCAUAUGAGUUGCUGUUAAAUUCAUUUUCAUCCUCUGCAUUUGAAGAAUACUAUUAGUUUACAGUUACAGUUA